AUGUCGCUCAAGCGCAAGCACUCCCAAGAUGAGGAUGCGACAACUCCGACCAUCUUCCGCUCAGCACCAAUCGAAGAUCGGCAGUCCACCUUCGUUGGCUACUUCUUCCCAGCAACGACCAAGAAGCCCAAAGAGCUGCAGCAACUAGAGGAGUUCGCAAGCGCGUCCCACAAGGUCAUUGGCUGGCGCAGAGAGAGCAAUCAGCAGAGCAUCACGAAGGCCAAGCAAUACGUUCUCGGCAACGACGACGAUGGCGAGAAGUAUGCUGGCAAGAAGGUCGAGAAAGUCCUCGAUGCUAUGCGGGUCGAGGGAUCAUGUGUUGUGGCGCGCUGGUACGGAGGCGUCAUGUUGGGCCCGGUCAGGUUCAGUCACAUCGAGACUGUUGCAAAGGAGGCUGUUCGAUCAUGGCAAGACUACGAAGCCGAAGCCAAGUCGAAGAAGCGAAGGCUUGAAGAGGAGGCUGCCGAACAUACGAGGCUAUGCAAAUCCCUGGCAGAAAGAGAUCAGAGCGUCGAUGUGCUUCGCGACCUGGCUGCCAAGAAGGAGCUUGAGGUGAAGCAGCACGAAGGGGACGCCGAGGAACCGAGUGAGACGCCUACUUCGAGUGCUGCCAACAAGACGGUGGCAGAUUACACCAUAAUGACGAUCGAGCGCCUCAGAGCUCUGGACAAAGCUAGAGAUGCGACCAUUACUUUCCUGCUGAAGCGAAUCGAUAAAGCGGAAGCAGAACUCAAGGCUCGUGAAAAGCCUACAGGAGAUCCAUCGUGA